GCCGAGGGCAGGCGGGCGGGGCAGCGCCCGGGGCUGAAGAAGUCCCUUUCUCUCCCUCUCCUCUCUGGCUGCUGCGGUGGGGGACCUGGGGCCUCAUUGGCCGGCCAGGCGCCAUCCUCGGCAUAAAUUGGAGUCUGGGCUCUUGCUGGGACUGCCUGCUGCCCACAGCCCCGCUGCCCGCCCUCCUGCCGCUCUCGCUGGGUGAGUACCGCGCUCACCCCUGUCCCUGAGCCUGGAGACGCCCUGGCUUCUUUCCCCGGCCCAGAAACCGGCGGCACCCCAAGAGAGAGGCCCGAGUCUGCCGUCUAGGCCUGGGCACCACGAGUCUGGAAAGUUUCCCCUCCAGGUUCCCAGGGCUCCCUGGGCCGGCGGCAUGAGAGUGGUGUAGCCGGGGAGGCCGCCGGUGUCGCUGACCUGGCCAUGAGGUCCUCCUGCCGGGCUGGAACCUGCGAGCACGCUGAGUCCCUGCAGACGCGUUUUGGAAUCCAGCUGUGACCCGACACGGCUUCGCUGUCCAGGACAGGGUCCCGCCAGCAGGGAGGGGAGCACGAGGGAGGUUCGGGGCUGUCCUGUGGUCCCUGCCCGGGCAGGCACGCCGCUGGGCGUCGGGGACGGCAGGGCCAGUGUGUGGUGCUCUCCCUUCUCUCAGGUGAUGGAAACCCCGAGCCCGGCUGCCGCCCGGGGCAGGGCCCUCUGGGCUCUCCUCCUGGCCGCGCUUGGCUCCGCUGCCGGCCAGCCGCUGGGAGGUGAGUCUGCCUGUACAGCCCGGCCCCUGGCCACGUACAGCAUCACCUUCACGGGCAAGUGGAGCCAGACGGCCUUCCCCAAGCAGUACCCUCUGUUCCGGCCCCCGGCGCAGUGGUCUUCCCUGCUGGGGGCAGCGCAUAGCUCUGACUACAGCAUGUGGAGGAAGAACCAGUAUGUCAGCAACGGGCUGAGGGACUUUGCGGAGCGGGGCGAGGCCUGGGCCCUGAUGAAGGAGAUCGAGGCGGCCGGAGAGAAGCUGCAGAGCGUGCACGGGGUGUUCUCGGCCCCCGCCGUGCCCAGCGGCACCGGGCAGACCGCCACAGAGCUCGAGGCCCACUCCAGGCACUCCCUCGUGUCCUUCGUGGUGCGCAUCGUCCCCAGCCCCGACUGGUUCGUGGGCGUCGACAGUCUGGACCUGUGCGACGGGGACCACUGGCUGGAGCAGGUCGCCAUGGACCUCUACCCCUACGACGCCGGGACGGACAGCGGCUUCACAUUCUCCUCCCCCAACUUUGCGACAAUCCCGCAGGACACGGUGACUGAGAUAACGUCCUCGUCUCCCAGCCACCCGGCAAACUCCUUCUACUACCCGCGCCUGAAGUCCCUGCCUCCCAUCGCCAGAGUGACCCUGGUGCAGCUCCGGCAGAGCCCCAGGGCCUUGGUCCCGCCCGCCCCCGACCUGGUCGGCAGGGGCAACGAGAUCACAGACAGCCUCCCGGUUCCAGAAACGCCGCUGGACUGUGAGGUCUCCCUGUGGUCGUCCUGGGGGCUGUGCGGAGGUCCGUGCGGGAAGCUGGGAGCCAGGAGCAGGACUCGCUACGUCCUCGUGCAGCCCGCCAACCACGGGGCGCCCUGCCCCAAGCUGGAAGAGGAGGCAGAGUGUGUCCCUGACAACUGCAUCUGAGAGCAGAGCCCUGCAGCCCCUCAACCCCGCAGGGCCGGCCGGGCCUGGUCAUUCAGGUCAGGGCCACGCAGCGAGCAGGCCAAGCAGGGGCUUCAUCGCCUCUCUGAGAUCCACUGCGGCCUGACCCCUCUGCACAGACGUACCGCAGGCGUCUCCUGCAAGCUCCUCUCAUUUACCACGGCAGGAGGGUGUCUUCCGUGCAGAGGACUGGCGCAUGGCGCCCACGCGGAGGCACUGAGGGACAGCCACGCGCCCUUGUGGCUGGGAAAUGCCUCGGACCUGGUGGCCCAGGCACCGCCGGCACAGGAGCCCCGCACCACGCCCUCUCCUCGGAGCCAGGCUGCCACCCGGCACUGCGCCCGGGUCCACGCAGGUGACACCCCAUGAGAGAAAGAAGGGGGGGUGGGCUCGGAUCCCUCACCUCGGAGCUGUCAUGUCACUGAUCUCUGCACGUGAAUAAAGACUGUUUCCUGACAUCAGGGGCCGUCCUCUUGUUCCCUGGAUGGGCAGAGGGGGCAGACACAGGGCAGCCCUCCCGCCCCUG